CAAAAUAAGGCUAGUACGAAGCAAUUUGAGCUCUUCUCCGCAUUCAUUUCUCUCAACACAUACAUUAUUAGUGGACACGUGUUUCCGAGGCUCGUCGGGCUCUAUACCGCAGCUUGUAUCGGAGCCGGUUCCGUCUUCUCGCGUCAGUUAUCGUUCCGCUACCUUUUACGCGGCACACACGUUGUAGAGUCGAAUGGAAAUGGAGAUGGAGAGCGCCAACGGCAACGGCUUCCACGGCCUCUGCGCCAAGAGCCGCCCCGCCGACCCGUUGAACUGGGGGGCGGCGGCGGAGGCCCUCUUGGGGAGCCACCUCGACGCGGUGAAGCGGAUGGUCGAGGAGUACCGGAAGCCGGGGGUGCGCCUCGGCGGGGCGUCCCUCACCAUAGCUCAAGUGGCAGCUGUGGCGAGCCGCGAAGGAGUCGGGAUCGAGCUCUCGGAGGCUGCCCGCGCCGGGGUCAAGGCCAGCAGCGAUUGGGUCAUGGAGAGCAUGAACAAAGGGACCGAUAGCUAUGGGGUCACCACCGGCUUCGGCGCCACUUCUCACCGGAGGACGAAGCAAGGCGGUGCUUUGCAAACGGAACUCAUAAGGUUCUUGAAUGCCGGGGUCUUUGGGAACGGCACGGAGUCCUGCCACACCCUGCCUCAAUCCUCCACCAGAGCGGCCAUGCUGGUCCGGGUCAACACCCUCCUCCAGGGCUACUCCGGCAUCCGGUUUGAGAUCCUCGAAGCCAUCACCAAGUUCCUCAACUGCAACAUCACCCCGUGCUUGCCUCUCCGAGGCACCAUCACUGCCUCGGGCGACUUGGUCCCCCUCUCCUACAUCGCUGGGCUCCUAACGGGCCGGCCCAACUCCAAGGCCAUCGGGCCCGACGGGGAGCCGCUGGACGCUGUCGAGGCCUUCCGGCUCGCUGGGAUCGAGACGGGCUUCUUCGAGCUGCAGCCCAAGGAAGGGUUGGCCCUCGUGAACGGCACGGCUGUCGGGUCCGGGUUGGCUUCCAUUGUCCUCUUCGAGUCCAACAUACUCGCGGUGCUGUCAGAGGUCCUGUCGGCAAUCUUCGCCGAGGUGAUGCAGGGGAAGCCGGAGUUCACGGACCACUUGACACAUAAACUGAAGCACCAUCCCGGGCAGAUCGAGGCUGCGGCUAUAAUGGAACAUAUCUUGGACGGAAGCUUUUAUGUGAAGGCUGCUAAAAAGUUGCACGAGAUGGAUCCACUUCAGAAGCCGAAGCAGGACAGGUAUGCUCUCAGGACUUCUCCCCAGUGGCUGGGGCCCCAGAUCGAGGUGAUCCGAGCAGCGACCAAGAUGAUCGAGAGGGAAAUCAAUUCGGUCAACGACAACCCGCUGAUCGACGUCUCCAGGAACAAGGCCCUGCACGGCGGGAACUUCCAGGGGACCCCCAUCGGUGUCGCCAUGGACAACACCCGCCUGGCGAUCGCGUCCAUCGGGAAGCUCAUGUUCGCGCAGCUCUCGGAGCUUGUCAAUGACUUCUAUAACAACGGGCUGCCCUCAAAUCUGUCGGGGGGGCGCAACCCUAGCCUGGACUACGGCUUCAAGGGCGCAGAGAUCGCAAUGGCAGCAUAUUGCUCGGAGCUCCAAUUCCUCGCUAAUCCCGUCACCAACCACGUCCAGAGCGCAGAGCAGCACAACCAGGAUGUCAACUCCCUCGGCCUGAUCUCGUCGAGGAAGACUGCCGAGGCGGUCGACAUAUUGAAGCUCAUGUCUUCAACUUUCCUGGUUGCUCUGUGCCAGGCCGUGGACCUGAGGCAUUUGGAGGAGAACCUGAAGUGCACGGUGAAGAACACGGUCGGCAGGGUGGCCAGGAAAGUCCUGACGGUAGGCGCCAAUGGGGAGCUCCAUCCGUCCCACUACUGCGAGAGGGACCUGCUCAAAGUGGUUGAUGGCGAGCACGUGUUUGCCUACGCCGACGACCCCUGCAGCGCCACUUACCCGCUGAUGCAGAAGCUGAGACAAGUCCUGGUGGAACAGGCGCUGGUGAACAGCGGGAAUGAGUUGAACCCGAGCACCUCGAUCUUCCAAAAGAUCGGGGCUUUCGAGGAGGAGCUCAAGGCGCAGUUGCCAAAGGACGUCGAGAGCGUCCGGUCCCAGUAUGAGAGAGGCAGCCUGGCCAUCCCGAAUCGGAUCGAGGAGUGCAGGUCGUACCCGUUGUACAAGCUGGUGAGGGAAGAGCUGGGGACUUCCCUGCUCACGGGCGAGGGCGUGAUAUCGCCCGGCGAGGACAUCGACAAGGUGUUCACGGCGAUUUGCGCCGGAAAAUUGAUGGAUCCGCUGCUGGAGUGCCUAAGCGGUUGGAACGGCGCCCCCCUUCCCAUCUCCUAGGAAUUUGUCUUACAUUCUUUCCUUGAUCUUUCAAUUUACUUGCCAAGUAAAUCUCCCGCAUGCAGAUCGUUUAUAUCGAAAGACAAUUGUUGUGUUCUCUUGCUUUCUGUUUGUUCCUUUUGUCCCCUUCCAAGUGAAGAAAUUUGGUAUAUAAAUACUUCAGUAACUUUUGCAUUA